AUGAGUCAAAUAGGGGAUUAUUCUGAUGCAAAUGUUGAUGGAUUUGAAGCACCUGUACCAGAUGAUGAUGGUAGAUUAUACUACAAACCAAUAGAUGAAAGAUACACAUAUAUUCAAAUAUUUCAACAGAUAGAUAAAAAUUAUCAAAAUAUCGAGUUGCAUAAAAUAGUCAUAUAUUUAAGUCUAAUUUCAUAUUAUCGAUUAGAUAGAACUAAUAUUAUAAAUAUACAAACAAACUCAAUACAAACAGAAGUACUUACACCUGUUAUAUCAAAUAAACUGAAACUAAAAUUUUACUUUCUUGAAAUUUGUGAUAAAGAAAUUGCAAAACAGAAUAACCCUCUUAUAGGUGACAUAUUUCUGAACAGAGAUUUGUGUAAUAUACAAUUUAGAGAAUAUUUUAAUUCUGUAAUGGAAUUUAAAUAUGAUAUUAAAUGUAGAGAAUGUCAAUAUGAACCACAUAAUUUUGUUUUUUGCUUAGAUUUAGAAAAAAUAAAAGUUUGUCAACUUGAUAAUGAUGAUUUAUUAGUAGCUAAAACAUUUAAUAUAGAAAACUAUGCUUUUGUAUUUGUAAUUAAUUAUUUUAAUUGGAUGUAUCAAUUUAAAAUAAAAAGUAGUAAUGAUGAUGUGAUAAAAUUUGGAGAAACUUUCAAUUCUGAAACUGGCGAUUGUGAAGAAGAAGAGAAGGAUAAAGAGAAAGAAAAUAUUACAGAUGAUAAAGAUAUUGAACUAUAA